AUGCAGCGGCGCGUGGAGGCGCAGUUCCGGCGCGACUGGACCUUCGGGUUUGCGGUCUGGAACUACUUGUUCCGGGCCGCGGUCAACUUGCAGAAGAACGCUUACAUGUUCUCCGCACCCAGCGCCGACGGCGGCAGCUACCAGUCCUUGAACCCCGAGGACAUCGUCGCGGGCGUCCGGGAGAUCACAUCCCGCUUGCGGGGAACCUACACGGACAUCAACGGCGAGGAGAAGCCCGUCCAAGCGGACUUGACCAAGCUGCGCUUUGCAAACCUGAAGCCCGCCGCCCGCAAGAUCCUGGCGAACGUCGAGGCCCGGGCCAAGAACAUCCCCGGGACCCACGAGGUGCGCAAGACCAUGCGCCUCCAGACCCACGCUCAUCGCGUCUGCUUCGGGACCUCGAUCUUCUUGCCUUCGGAGCGAGACACCGCCCUGAUGCUGCGCCUGGCGCGUGUGCGAGAAGAGGAUCCGGCGCUACUGCGGGACGGCGCGAAGAAGUUCCAGGCCCGCGGCCUGCCGGCGCUGGACGAAGAGUUCUGCCGGCUGAGCCCCGAGGCCUUGGCGGAGAACCUGCCGAACUACGAGGACAGGCGCGCGCUGCUGGCCAGGGACCCGCUGGCUUGCGCGGAGGGCUUCAGGACUUUCGGCGCAAAAUGGGGGGGGGAGACGCUGGUGCUCCUGACGCUGCGCCACCUCUUGGGGGUCAGGUUCUGCCCGCGCUGCCCGAACUGCGCGACUUCGGGGCAGCCUUGCAGCGACGCGUUCGGGAGCAACGCCGUGGCCGGCGGCGGCGUGCUGGGCAGAGUUGACGCGGUGUUUGGCUCCAUCGAGUGUCAAAAGAGCGGAGCCCUCCACGCCCACAUGCAAGUGUUCGUCCAGUGCCGCCAUCAGCGCGGGUCGCUGGCCGGUCUCCUUGACUUGGGUAAGCCCGAGCUCCGAACCUUGCUGCAAAGGUAUGCUUCCUACACUGCCCAUGUCCGGCGCUCCGUCUACUGCGACCCGGAGGGCUGGGAGCGCGAUCGGGCCGCCGCGGAGGAGUACAAGGACUGCGCCUUGAUGUUGAGCCGGCCGGCCCGCCGGCUGCGGCCCGAGGAGUGGACGCGGCGAUACUUGGCGGAGGACGUGGAGCAGCUGCAGCAGCGCAAGCAACAUCAUGUGCAUCUCCCUGCCGGCCCAGGCGGCGAGCGGCGGCCCCUGGCCCACUGCCGCGACCCCAAGGAUCCGACGAGGUGCAAGAGCGGGUUCCCCCGCGACAGCCAGUUGAUUCUGGGCCGAACGGCUCUGGUCUGCCGCGGCUUGGCCGAGCAGCUGGACCUGCCCGUCAAGGGCAAGCGGAGCUCUUUGGGCCUGCAGUGGGGCCCGGUCAACGACCCGAACCUCAACGGCAACCACCCGGCGCUGCUGGCGGCGCUGCGCUGCAACGGCGACCUCCAGCUGCCUUACCGGUUCCCCGUGACGAAGGAGACCCACGACGACGCGCUCUGCCAGGAGGCCUGCGUCGGCGACGGCGACGUCAAGCUGCUCGUUCGGGAAGCGCAGCGGAAUCAGGCCGCCCAAGCCGGCUACGGCUGCGACUACAUGAACAAGCGGCUGCCCAUCGCCGUGCAAGAGCUCAAGGACUGGCAGCGCGGCCAUCGGGAGCUCGGCGAAGACUUGAAGGACAAGCCCGCCGGCUACGUCGGGGCGAGGGUGGCCAAGCGGCUGACCACGGACUGCUACGCCCGCGGCGUCUGCCGCGGCGCGGUGGAGUGCGCCAAUUUGACCACGCGCCAGGCGGGCAACGACCCCACGGCGGCCGAGUCUCUCAAGACGGCGCCCGUCCAGCCCAUCUCCUUGCAGUUCGGCCUCCAACUCCUGGAGGCGGCGGCCGCCGGCGAAGCUUGGCCGGCUGAGCCGCGACAGCUGCGGACAGACGUGCGGCCGGCGGCUCAGCGAGGGCGCGUGGUCUCCUGCCCGUUCUGGACCUUCUACGGGGCGCGGGGGCGAGCAGCCGAAGUCCGCGAGCUCUGCGCCUUCGAGUUCGCGCGCCACUUCCUCUUCAAGCUGGCCAAGCGGCCCUUUGUGCUGGAGCAGCUGAGCGAGCGGCGCGACGGAGGUUUUCACGCCUCGCUGACGCGGGCUGGGGCGGCGAAGCUUGGCGGAAACCCCAAGACCGUCUUGCUGCCCGGGGCGGACUACGAGAUCCACGAGGAAGGCGGGGAAGACUGGCUGCCGCCAGGGCGUGGAGCGCUUGCCCAGCAGUUUAGACACGCUUGGAUCCUUGCGCGCCGGGGCAGGCGAGGGGGCGGGGGGGGGAGGAGGAGGCGCGCGGCGCUUGCAGAGGGGGGAGAGGGCGCGGGCGGCCGCGGUUCCCUUGCGAGGCCCUACGUCCCGGUUGUCCAGGGCGCGCUUGGCGGUCGCUCGGAGGAGGACUACGCGAAGCGGGUGCUGCUGCUCUUCUGCCCUUGGACGAGCCACCCCGACGACGCCUCGGCCGCCGCGCCCUUCCUCGCCGACCUCUGCAAGUUCGGCAAGUCAGACUGGCGCCGCGCCCUCCGACGGCGGCUGAUUCUCCAAGGCUUCCCGACCGAAGAGGUCAAGCAGUUCGCGCUGAACUUUUGCUUCGUCUACUGCCUGCCGCGGGAGCUCCGGCCGGAACAGCACUUGCAAGAGAACAGCGACAACGAGGUCCAGGACGAGGGCGUGCGCUUCGACAAGGCGGACUUGGAGGCGGCUCGGGCCACGCACGUCCGCGGCGCGGGCAAGCUGGGCUCCGAGAACUUUGACGAACAAGACAGUGAGCAGGAGGACGCGGCCGCGGCGACGCGGCUGUGCGUCAUGACCAAGCAGAUGUUCGACUUGUCCCGGGCCGCGUGGAGGAAGAGCGGGGCCGACGCCUCGCCCGGCCAAGGCGCGCCAGCGCAAAACGAGCAGCUCGACCACAACGCGCUCGCCUGGGCCGCCCGCGCCUCGCGGAGCAAGAGCAGACUUCCGUCCUUUCCGGGCGUCGGCCAAGCCGGGCGGGAUCCCGAGGCGCAGCCGCUCGGCCCGCCCGUGACCGCAGACGCGCUGUUGGACUGGCUGGGCAGCGAGCGCGUCCGGAGCGGUCUGAACUCCAAGCAAUGGGAGAUGCUGCGGGUGGUGGUGGAAAGGGUUCUGGUCGAGCUGGAGCUGGUGCCGCCGGACCACAAGAUCGCUCUGCGGCGAGCCGAGCCGCUGGCCUGGCUGCUGCACGGCCCGCCGGGCACUGGGAAGUCCCACGUCCUGAAGUUCCUGCGGGAGUUGUUCGAG